UUCCUGCCGCCGCUCUGGGAUGAAAAAUCCCGUCGCCCAUGCCCUGAGCCCCUGAUCCAUAUCUACGCGCGCGGCAGAGAGGAUUCCGUCGCCCAGCUUUUCCUCUCUUCAACCCCCAGCCGCGCCUGCUCUAUCGCCGAGUGCCCAGCCGCGAGCUCCCCUGCUCCCAUGGCAGCUGAGGUUCUCCCUGGCGCUUCUCCCUUGCCAUAGCCGCGCCCCUCUGGCUCGACGCCUGGUCGCCCAGCCCCUCUCCUCCCUAGCGAGCUCGCUCUGCCCUGUACGGCGCCCCGAGCUCCCCAUGGCCGCACCUGGCCGGAACUUUCCUCCAGCGCGCGGAGUAGUCCGCGCCAUGGAACUCCAUACCUGGCCGCGACCUCGCCGGAAAGCUCUCGCAGCGCUUCUCCCCGGCUCGGAUCUCGCCCAGCGGCCCUGGCCCUCGGCCAUGGAGCCUGCACUGCUCCAGUUCGGCCGCUCGUCUCCCUGUACCCCAGCUCCCUCUGCCGGCCGUCGUCGAGCCCUCUGCACACGUACGCUGCGCCCAGCUCCAGCGCUUGUUCCCUGCUCCUAUGGCGGCCGAGCUCUCCGAUGCCGCGCGUUGAGCUCCCUGCCGUCGCUCAACUCGCCGGCGUGCAUCCUACUCCUUACGCGCCGUGCGCCGGGAAGUCCCUGCGCGCAAGCUAUCUGUUGGCCGCGCGCGAAGCUCUCUGUUCGUCGUCAUCGCUAAGCUAUCUGUUGGCCGCGCGCGAAGCUCUCUGUUCGUCGUCAUCGCGAGGUCGCACGACAGACUGAUUGCGUGUCGUGUGUCGCACAUCCUAGGUCCUCGUCGUCGGGUUUCGUGCGUGCUCGCGUUUACCGUCGAGUCGUCGAACCUGUCAUCCUCUGCUCAAACCCCACCUCGCCAGCUCGCUCUAAACACGAUCUCGUCGUCCGCAAGUCACCAAGAAACCCCAAAAAUCGGGUAAAGACGGAGCAAGCAGCGUGAUGUUCACCAAGUGCGCGACAAAAAGCUCGAACAUCCUGCGCGACUCAAGUUCGAUUCAUCAAAAUUAUUCAGUCGAGGAAAAGAUCUUCAGCAAUUGAUUACCGAAGAAAAGAAGGCCCCUGGGUGACGUCAAUCGGAACCCGUAGUCAUGCUUCUGACUAUCUCGUCAAAUUAGUCAGGGUAAGUUGAUUCGUAUUCCCGUCAACUAGAUCUAUAAAUAGAUUAAAUAAAAUUGUUGGUCAC